AUCCCAAACAAUGUGUGUUUUUGACAAUUGACGUUUAUAUUUUAUAUACACUUGAACUUGUCAAAUCUUACAUAUUUUUUAAGAGAAAUGUUCUAAAUAACCUAAAAGAUCUGUUUAUUUAUUAUUAAUUAUUACAUUUCGAAACACAACUUUACAUCCUACAAAAAUAUACCUACUCGCUUCGUAUUAUAGCACUAAAUUUUUUCAGAAAUAAGGUUAUGUUAUAGUAGCUCCUCCAAAUUUCUUUAUAAACGGUUUUUAAUGACAAUGCCUUCGGAAAAAUAUAUAACUAACUUAAAACUGGCGGUAAUAUGUUCGAGUAACAUGAACAGAAGUAUGGAAGCUCAUGCGUUUCUAGCAAAAAAAGGUUUUUAUGUGAAAUCCUUUGGUACGGGAGAUAAAGUUAAAUUGCCAGGUUCAGCAGCUGAUAAACCUAAUGUUUAUGAUUUUGGGGUAUCAUAUGAUGAGAUUUACUCGGAUUUAUUAGCUAAGGAUAAAACUUUAUAUACCCAAAAUGGUUUAUUACAUACCUUGGAUAGAAAUAGAAGGAUAAAACUAAAACCAGAGCGUUUUCAAGAAAGCAGCGAUAAAUUUGAUGUCCUUAUAACUUGCGAAGAAAGAGUUUACGAUCAAGUUUUGGAAUACAUGGAUUCCAAGGAAGCUGUUGAUAAUUCUAUUGUUCAUGUUAUCAAUAUUGAUAUUCAGGACAAUUUGGAGGAAGCUACAAUUGGAGCUUUUCUAAUUAGUGAUUUAUGUUCAAUGUUGUCGCAAAGUGAAGAUCUGGAUAAUGAUAUCGAAGAAGUUCUCCAUAAUUUUGAGGAGAAGUGCCAAAGGCCUAUUCUUCAUAGCAUUGUGUUUAAUUAGAUUUUUAAAAAGUAAUUAAUUGAAAAAGUGGAGGUCCCGUAUAUUUUAAGAAAAAUGAAGUUUAAAAUAA